UAUUAUUAAUUAAUCAUAUACACAAUAUAUGUUUAUAUCGAAAAUAUUUAACGUUUCAUUAUAAUGACAUGGAUAAUUUUACGUUUUAUUUAAAAUUUACGAAACCUCUAAUUCUUAACCUACCAAAUCUUAAAGAUCGUGCAAUGGCUGCAUUAUGGUUGAACAAAUUGACUGAUAUAAAUGAAAGUAUUCCGAAGGACAAUCUUCAUGUUGAAUAUUUGAAAUUAUUGUUAUUCGCACUACAAAAGAACAAUCUUACAGGUAUUUUUACAGAACAUCCACCUGAAGGUUUACUUCCGCAUUAUCCAGAAAUGAACACGGCAAUGGACAUGAUAAAAUUAGUAAUUCCAACAAAAAAAUUGUCAUCUUCCUUACCUUCAAUUUAUACUAUAAUAGGAGGUGGCAUGUCCGAAUUCGUUGCAAUUCAAGAAAUACCGAAUUUUGGAUUGCACGGUUACUAUGCUAUAUCUAAUGAACCUUUACCAUUGUGGACACAGAAUAAAACUGAACUAUUGAAAAAUAAUGAGAAUACAAAAAAAAUAUCUCGAUUUAAAGAUUCUCUCAAAUAUAAAAUGCUCAAAGAAAUUAAUUUUCAACAAACUGCAUCACAAAAUAAUCACAUCUCGAAUGAAACGGAUACAAACGAAGAAAGCGAAAGAAAGGAAAUAUCAACAAAUGAGACAAGGCCAUGCUGGAGAACAAAUCGUUAUUUUGAAAAACUUUUAGAUCAAUCUCCUCAUAUUGCUACAGAUCUUGAAGUAACAACAGCAGAUACAUUAUUGCAUAUAUUUAAAGAGAAAAAAUUAGAUAAGAAAAAAAUAAAGAAUGAUUCUUGUGUCUUAUCUGUGAAAAAAAGACAAUUCGAAAAGAUGUCGAAUUUUACACCUUCCGUAUAUGAAUCAGGAUUUGAUAAAAUACAAUAUCAAAGUGAUAGUGAAGAACAAUUAAAACAAAAUGUUUGUAUCGAUGGUAUAAAUUGUUGUAGAAGAAAUAAUAUUCCAAGAAAUAAAUGUAGAAAUAAAUGGAAAAAUGCCGGUCCCCAUGAAUUUUCUAUUUCUUCAAAGAGCUGUUUUUUAAAUCCAGAUUAUUGUUCCCGAUAGUAGCAGAUCUUUAUGAGACUUUUUUUAUGUCAUAAUCAAUUGAUCAAUUAUACAAAAUAUA